GAGUUUGGGAUUUUGAGGAGGAGGGGGCAAACGGAAAGAGAGGAACGGGAAAGGAAAGGGUCACGCAUAUAUAUACACGUCGCAGCUAAGGGGAAACAGUAAAGAAACGACAUUGGGCGAUGUUGAAUUUCCACCGUAAUUUAGUUAGUCUUGUUCCCGCGUGUGUGUCUGAGCGUCAAGCAGUCAGUCCACGGCGCCACUUCCUCUCCGGAGCCGUCGGUGAGCGGUCUCCGCCAGGCGCCAGCCUCGCUUGCACAGGGCUGUUACCCAAACGCCCCAUAUCACCUUUGAACCGCACUUAAAGGGCAUCAACUGGCGCUGACAACACGGAACUGAAAGCUCAUCAGGAGAGAGGACACGCUCUUAAUCGAGUAGAACCGGAGAAGUGGUAUCAUUGGCCAACGAUCCCGCUGUGCUGCGCCUGCACGCAAGGAGCACCGCCGCUUGUCGUAGCAUAGCACGCCUUACGCUCGCUGUUGGGGGUUGGAGUUUGUGUUAGUCUUUUAUUCCACAAACUGGCCGGUUUACUGAUGGAAGCCUUUACUCGAUAGUCACUCUACCUUCCUCUAACCCGUUGGGUUAGAGGAAAUCUACGGAUUUGACACUCGGGCUCUGUCCUCGCCAAGUGGGGUGCUGACUGGAUCACCACCUCUCGCCCUCCCCGACGCUUGCCGCGCCUCACCUGUCUGCGGCUCUGGCAACGAGACCCCACCGCCCCCAGCCGCCACCGAGCCCCAACAUGGCAGGCAACCUAAAGAAAGGCGGGGGGCUCAUCGGAAUGAUGAAGGAUGCUUUCCAGCCACACCACCACCAUCACCUUCAUUCGCACCACCAGCCCGGGGCCGUGGACAAAAAGACAGUGGAAAAGUGCUGGAAACUGAUGGAUAAGGUGGUGCGCCUGUGCCAAAACCCCAAAUUGGCCCUGAAGAACAGCCCCCCUUACAUCCUGGACCUGUUGCCAGAUACAUACCAGCACCUGCGCACGGUUUUGUCACGCUACGAGGGCAAAAUGGAAACCCUGGGGGAAAAUGAGUAUUUUCGAGUCUUCAUGGAGAACUUGACCAAGAAGACCAAGCAAACCAUCAGUUUGUUCAAGGAGGGCAAGGAGCGCAUGUAUGAGGAGAACUCUCAACCCAGGAGGAACCUCACCAAGCUGUCUUUGAUCUUCAGCCACAUGCUGGCCGAGCUGAAGGCCAUUUUUCCAAAUGGCUUGUUUCAGGGUGACAAUUUUCGCAUCACCAAGGCUGAUGCUGCAGAGUUCUGGAGGCGUGCCUUCGGGGACAAGACCAUUGUGCCUUGGAAGGUGUUCCGUCAGUCUCUUCAUGAAUUCCAUCCAAUCAGUUCUGGCCUGGAGGCCAUGGCCCUCAAGUCCACCAUCGACCUCACAUGCAAUGACUACAUCUCCGUUUUUGAAUUCGACAUUUUCACCAGGCUUUUCCAGCCUUGGUCAUCCCUUUUACGGAACUGGAACAGCUUGGCAGUCACACACCCAGGUUACAUGGCCUUCCUCACUUACGACGAGGUCAAAGCACGACUGCAGAAAUUCAUUCACAAACCUGGCAGUUACAUCUUCCGACUGAGCUGCACCCGGCUGGGCCAGUGGGCCAUCGGCUACGUGACGGCGGAUGGAAACAUUCUCCAGACCAUUCCCCAUAAUAAACCUCUCUUCCAGGCCCUCAUAGAUGGCUUCAGGGAAGGAUUCUAUUUAUUCCCUGAUGGCCGGCCCCAAAAUCCAGACUUGACAGGACUUUGUGAGCCUUCGCCUCAAGACCACAUUAAAGUUACGCAGGAGCAAUAUGAACUCUACUGUGAGAUGGGCUCCACCUUCCAGCUGUGCAAAAUCUGUGCUGAGAACGACAAGGACGUGAAGAUUGAGCCCUGUGGUCAUCUAAUGUGCACCUCCUGUCUCACUGCGUGGCAGGAAUCCGAGGGUCAAGGCACAGGCUGUCCAUUCUGUCGCUGCGAGAUUAAAGGUACCGAGCAUAUUGUUGUGGAUCCAUUUGACCCCAAGGACAACGGCGGGAGCUCUUGCAGGGGCCUAUUUGGGGCAGAGGGCGCUCCGUCGCCUAGCUACGACGACGAUGAUGAUGACAGACUUGAAGACCCCCACCUCAUGAUGAGCAAACUUGCUUGUACAAAGGUGGAACGUCCCCCGUCCCCUAUGUCCGUGACUCCUCAGUCAUCCCUUCCACCUGUGCCGCCCAGACUAGACUUGCUUCCACACAGACCCCCUAACCCACCCGGUGCCUCCAGUCCUGGAGUCACAGCAAAGGCAGCGUCUCAUCACAAAGACAAGCCCCUUCCUCUCCCCCCAGCGCUGAGGGAUCUCCCACCUCCACCGCCUCCAGACCGCCCCCACGCAUCCGCAUCGUCCUCUGAGGGGCGCUUGCCGAGACGGCCCCUACCCUGCACGCCCGGUGAGGCUCCCAGAGAUAAACUGCCUCCAGCACCCCCAUUCCGACCGCCCACUGACUGGAACUCCCGGCCUGUUCCCAAAGCCCCGACAUCCUCGUCUUCAUCCUCAUCCAGUCAAGUCUCCGUUCUGGGUGUGGACAUGCGUGCGGGUGUCAGGGAGCUCUCCAACCGACACUCCCUCCCUUUGGCGUUGCCCUCUGCUCUAGACGCACGCACAGACCCGCAGAAGAACAAUAACUCUCUCAGUUUGGACCACCAGCUGAACUUUGUCUCAGUGGUUGGACACGAUUAUAACAACCCCAAAGUCAAACCAUCAUCUUCUGCCAAUGCCAUCUACGCACUGGCAAGCAGAUCCUCUUCAGCUGUGAGGUCAGCGACAGGCGAGGAGUCCCGUGACAGUGAGGAGGAGUCAGAGUACAUGAUCCCGUCCUCUCGGCCCAUCCUGCCCGCCGUCGCGACGCCACCUAUGGGGGAGAGCCCCCCGGUGUCGAGGUCCUCGCAACCUCAGGCUGUCCUUGCUAUUCAGGCGCAGGCUCAAACCAUUGCUUUCAACCCACGGCCGACACUAACGGAACUGGAUGACGGCCUUCCAAUGUAUGAGGCCAUGUACAACAUCCAGGCUAGGUCGCAGGAAGCCAGUGAUUCAGAUUAUUCAGAACUCCCCCCUCUGCCCGUGACCAAUGGCCCCAGGGAGCACACAGCAGAGGACAGGGAGGAUGAGGAUAACGGAUAUGAUUUCCCUCACCCACGAUUGCCGAUGCCCCCAACCAGGCGGAACUUUUCGGAAAUGGGAGGGUCCUCCUCAUCAACUUCAUCCUCCUCGUCGAGCUCAUCCUCAGCAGUAGCUUGCCUGUCAGAGUCCGCGGAAGCCCCAGAGAGACCUCCCAAGCCUCUCCCAAGACGCAUCAAUUCAGAGCGUCGACCCAGCCCCGUCCCGCCAGUCCCUGGGCCUCCCAGUUGCGGGGCAUCUGGAGGAGACGUCAACCCUCUGAUUAGCAGCGAGGUCGAGCAUCUCAUGAGUCAGGGGUAUUCGUACCAGGACAUCCAGAAAGCACUGCUGAUUGCACAGAACAAUAUUGAGAUGGCCAAGAACAUUCUGAGAGAGUUCGUCUCGAUUCCCUCCACGGCGCACAUUUUCACAUAGCGCACUCGGCCCUUCUUGCCCUGGCUCGCUUUGAUCUUUUUUUUAAGGUCGGCACGGCUCAUUGCCUGCAGCGUGACCCUCUAUGGUGCUGUAGACACCCCCGCCCUAUUCCGGCCCGUUGUGGAAUUUUUAAUUUGGCCGGCGCUCGCAGCCUUCUCUUAACUGCGACAAGAGCAUCUUGCCAGGCCCGAUUCGCAAAGUCCAAAACAGGACGCCUUUCGGAAGCCUCGCCAAAAAUGUAACCAAGACCUCACGAAGAAAAUGUAUGUCUAUAUGAAAGUUUAAUAUAUGGUUAAAUGUAUAUUAAAUGUAUGUAAUAUAUACAAGUCAGUAUGUGAAACGAUGUCCCCUUUGAGGGUCGCUCUUGGUGAAGCGCCAAGUGUGCCUCUUGUCAAAACAGCGAUUUGAGGGUUGACUUGAAGAUGACUCAGAAUGGCACCACUACGUUUGUGCGUGCGUGCUUAGUAUGCAUGUUUGAGUGUGAAUAGUUACUCCAAAUCUUUUACAUACCAUGACCAAAUUUAAUUUGUGAUUUUUUUUUGGGGGGGGGAUGAAAAUGACAGAAGGAAGUUAAAAAAUGAAAUGCAGGUAUAUUCAACUUAAGUUAAAUACAAUUGUAAUGUACUUGGUGUUUUACUUGCGUACCUCCUUAGGGUGCCCAAGAUCCCGGUAAUUGCAAUGACGGGUGUCAAACUCAUGGCCCGACGCCCAGAUCUGGCCGGCCACAUCGUUUCAUGUGGACUUCAAAAUCAAAUCAAGUACCGGUACUUCAGUUUCCAUGAUGCUUGCUCAAAUCUGGACCAUAAUAUGAAAAUGUCUUUUGUAAUAAAUCGCGGUGAGGUAAUCCAAGCAUUUUCUUGUCACCAAACCUGUUACCACAAUAACUUGAACAACAAUAUCAUAUCUAUUAUUCUUGUCGACUGAUUUCAAUCCUAGUUAUCCAAUAAUUUGUUGGUCGUGUACCAUUAUGUAAUAGUAUGAGGAGGUGAUAAAACAUUGACUGGAUAUGGUUUCACAGUCAGAAUGGCCCUCUAAGGGAAUCUGUAACGACAAUGUGACAAAGAGUUGGACACCCCUGAUCUAGAAUUAGCUAAUUGCGGUUACCAGGAUCUUUUUUAAAAUUAGUUUGUUUCAAACCUUCACAGGUAUGACUCAAUUUAAAAUGUAAAAGGAAAAUUAAGUUCUCUGUGUCUUCACUUAGAAGUCUUUGGCCACUUUCUUCUGUCAUUUCAAGCUUAAACAUGCACAUUAACUAAAUAGUCUAUAAAAUAUGCAUCAACGUGGAAUUGAGACUGUCGAGAUAAAUGCCACAGAGCUCUUAUUUUUUGGAACAACAUGGCUUUGGUACUAAAAUUGAUCAUGUUGUGGAUUCCAGCUAAUGUUGCUUAAUUUGAGGACAGGACGCAGGGGUGGCGCUACACCGGGGCUCGGACGGCCUUUUGCCCCGUCAGAAAUCUGUGUAGCCCCCAGUUAAGACCCACCAAGGAUUUUAGUUGGUGUUCCAAAGUAUAUAUUUAUAAAUUCUAUAUCAGCUCUCUAUUUAUCGGUCUAGAGCUCAGAGAGAGAAAAACUCCUGGUGCUAUUCCUGACUUGUGUGUGCGUGCGUGUGUGCGUGCAUGUGUGCGCCUGAAAUGAAUGUGGAUGUUUUUAAGUUGACCACCGCGCAGUACCAGGCGAGCUCGUGUUCUGGGAUCCGAGGCGGCUGACUUUUUUUUUUUGUCUGACAUCAUCAUCGUCUGGCUGGUUCAGGUUCCGGUCUCCAGUUCAGUGCGGUGUUUUGAUUACAAAGAAAAAUAUUGUCAUUGUUUUCUUUUUGGUAAUAUAUUAUUGUAAUGUGAUCUUAUAGUUGUAAUUAAUUCAGAAGUGCUUCACUGCUGCUAAUAUUACAAUAGUGUUCAACAAAUUAAGCCUUAAAUGUACAUUUUUACAAUUCUUUAAUUUGUCAUCGUCCUUUAAAGUGUCAGUAUCGCCAUGUUUCUGCAGUUGCUAAUGUAGCAAACUUGAACGUACAAGCAGCUUGAGAGCUGUCCACUCUGCAGUGUUUAAACUCUCUCUCUCUCUCUCUCUCUCUUUUGGGAGGGGUCGUUUCCAUCAGGUCAUUAUCGCAACAGUUAGCAAAAUGCAACACGGAAUUGGGCUUUAAGCUCCAGGGUUACACCCCAUAGCAAGGGAAGAGCUGAGGAUGUAAGUAGUAGGCUUGCGACUUUGUUGAAAAUCAGCAGCAGUUGGGCCUAUUCACAAAACUAACUCAGGAAAAACGUUUUUGGACUCGGGAGAGUCGCAAUCAAUGAAGUUUCGUUGCCUUUUUUUGGGGGGGGGGGGGGGGGUUCUUUCCAUCAUUCUGACUGCCACAGUAUUUUUCAAGGUCAGCAGACCUCUGUAGACUGCAGCUUCCAGGUACUCUGAAUGAACACACACAUGAGCUUUGAGGUACAUUGAUGCAACAUUCAAAAGUUCCAUAUAUGAAGAAUGUGUCUCUGAUGCUGGUAAAAUUCUGAAUAAGCUUAUUCUGCUUUAAGCUGUCCAGUCAAUCGUCAUUUCUGAUUUUGUGUUCCUCGUUGCCUUGACCAACUUCUCGAAUGCGUGUGAGUAAUGACGUAAUGGGGUCUUCAUUAGUGUGUCAUUGUGAAAUAAUUUACUCACACGGUAACAGCCAAAUUGUGCUUUGAUACUGUCACUCUAAAGGCGCUUGCAAUCAUACAAAAGACAAGAAUGCUGUUUGCUGUCAUUUUACAUUCCUGUAUUAAGUUGCUGCCCUCGCCCUACAGACAUUGUUUUGUGUAUUGCUCUGAAUACGUCUCAAAAGCCGUGCCAUUUGUGUUGAGAUCAAGAUUAACUGAGACCUUUUGCUGUGGGGGUGAGGGGGGUUGUGCACGCCGGCCUCUCUGCGUGUAGGAGUGCGUGUGGGUGUGUGAGAGAAAAUGAAGGCAGGUCUGUUUGUAGCUUGGGGUGAGUGCAGGUGUCUAUGCAAUAUGCAUGCAGGUGUGCGUGCGCGUGCACGCGCAGCUCUGUUUUGUGUAGACAUCUGUACGGACGUAGCUACAGUAAUGUAGGGCGAAGGAUAUUAUGUGGAGGUGUUUGCGUGUCGUCGUGUGUGUGUGUGUGUGUAAAGUGUGCGCAAGUAACUGUAGCUAGGUGUGUGUGUGUGUAGUCAGAUUGUGUUCAUGUGUCUCUGGCCCGCAGGAUCUUCAUCCAAGAGCACCUGCCGUUUACCUUUCUUCUUAGCCCUCCAAAAAAAGAAGGAAAGCACACCCCGGAUGGCUGUUUUCUCUGCGCAUGUAAGAACAAUGUCGUGAGUGCUUUAUUGGGGAUGGGGCCACAAGAGGGAGCUGUGGUUCCACAUAUUCUCGUCAACAGUCAUUUAAAAAAAACUGCAUUAAGUUUACCCUUGUUUUUACCUCCGAUCAAUUUGGAAGAUUGCACAGUGCUGUCAAUAAAUUUGAACGCAGGAGACAUUU